AUGGGGUCCUCGAUGAAGCCGACCACGUUCGCAGGCCAAGCGUCGCUGCCCAAGCUGCCGAUCCCGGACCUCCAAGAGACGAUCGCCAACUACCUCCGCACGGUGAGCGUGCUGCAGUCGCCCGAGGCCCACGCGGCGACUCGCGCGACAGCCGAGGCCUUCCUCGCCACGGACGGCCCGACGCUCCAGGCCAAGCUGCAGGCGUAUGCAGCCGACAAGAACAGCUUCAUUGAGGAUUUCUGGUACGAGGCGUACUUCAACUACAAGGAGUCGGUCGUCCUCAACGUCAAUCCGUUCUUCGUGCUCGAGGACGAUCCGACGCCGACGCGGGCCAAGCAGAUCCCGCGCGCGUCGUCGCUCAUCUUGAGCAGCCUCAAGUUUAUCCACGCGCUGCGCCGCGAGACGCUGCCGCCAGACGUUGUGCGCAAGACGCCGCUCUGCAUGAACCAGUUCCGCAUGCUGUUUGGCGCGACGCGGCUUCCGACGCGCGAGAAGGACCACGUCAAGGUCGCGCCCGACGCCAAGCACAUUGUCGUGCUCUGCCGGAACCAGUUUUACUGGUUUGACGUCAACCUUCGCGCGAUCCGCGCCAAUGCGCGCCAAUGCUCGGACGACCACAUCGCUGACUCGGCCGUCGGCGUCUUUACGACCGAGCACCGCGUCGAGUGGGCACGCCUGCGCACGGAGCUCCAGGCCGAGAACGCGGCGACGCUCGAUAUGAUUGACCGCGCACUCUUUCUCGUGUGCUUGGACCACACGAGUCCGCCGACGCCGUCGGACUUUGCCGCGACGAUGCUCCACGGCACGUACGAGACGUCGUCGCACAACCGCCAGGUUGGGUCCUGCAUGAACCGGUGGUACGACAAGCUGCAGAUUAUCGUGUGCGAGAACGGCGUCGCCGGCGUCAACUUUGAGCACUCGGUCGUCGAUGGUCAUACGGUCCUUCGCUUCGUCUCGGAUGUGUUUACGGACACGGUCAUCCGGUUUGCGCAGAGCAUUAGUGGUACGACGCAGUGCUUUCUCGAGAGCGCGUACCGCCCGCCGUCCGAGUCGCUGUACAUGACGCCGCACAAGCUCGAGUGGCAGCUCUCGCGCAGCCUCCAGCUCAGCGUCCGCUAUGCCGAGGCGCGCUUGAGUGACCUCAUUUGCCAAAACGAAGUCAAAGUGCUGGAAUUCCGCAACUAUGGCAAGCGCUUCAUCGUCAAGCACAAGUGUUCGCCAGACGCGUUUGUUCAAGUCGCCUUUCUUGCCGCCUACUACAUGCAGUACGGCACGGCCGUCAACCAGUACGAACCGGCGAUGACGAAGCGCUUUCUCCACGGUCGCACCGAGGCGAUUCGGUCCAUGACGCCCGAGACGUUUGCGUUCAUUGAGCUCUUUUGCGGCGGCAACGGCAACGAGCUCCAGCAGCUCAACGCACUCCGGAAGGCGACGGCGUCGCACUCGGAGGUCGUCAAGCGCAGCGCCGGCGGCAACGGCAUCGAGCGCCAUCUGUACGCGCUGCAGCAGAUCGCUUCGCUCAACCAGCUCCCGGAAGCCGCCUUGUUCAAGGACGCGGCGUGGCGCACGCUCGGACGCAGUGUCAUUUCGACGAGCAAUUGCGGCAACCCGUCGCUGCGCCUCUUUGGCUUUGGCCCGGUCGUGCCCGAGGGGUUUGGUAUCGGCUACAUUAUCAAGGACGACGCCAUCCAGUUUUGCGCGGCCUCCAAGCACCGCCAGACGCAACGCUUUCUAGAUACGCUCAAGGAGUACCUUCUGCUCGUGCACGCACUCUUGGAAAAGGAAGACGCGCUCUUGUUCCCGAACCGCGCCAAGCUCGCCAGCAGCAAGACGGAGCACCGCGACUCGGACUAUGAGUUUAGUUUCUUUGACAGCGGCGCGCCCGUGCCAGCGUCACCCAAGAUCAACCCGACGCCACUCAUUGGAAAGGCGCUCUUUUGA